UUCAAUCAAACAUGGCGGCGUCCUUGCGGCACACUCGUGGGAGUAAGCGUGGACUUUUACAGUUAUGGAGAGGACUACGAGACUGUAACGCUGCAUGCUUCAGUACCAGUGCUUCAAGGAAUAAAGGCCUUGUCUUGGGUCUGUUCGAGUCUGAGGAAGAAAAUGGACCACAGUCCUUCACUAAGGCAACUCAAAAGUUUGAUGACAGAACAAAACAAAAAGUCACGCAUCACCUACAACUUUUGAAGAAAAAUAUAAAGAAGGGUCAGGUGAGGAUAUUUUAUGACCUUGACCCUGAAUACUCGAGUGUGGCCGUCACUUGUGUCGGUAAGAGAAGUGCUGCUUACGAUGAGGUCGAGGGAAUGGACAUGGGACGGGACCAGAUCAGAGCGGCUGUAGCUAAGGGAGUUCAAGAGUUACAAGGUAUUGGAGAAACUGAAGUGGCCGUGGACCCGUGUGGGGAUGCUGAAGCUGCUGCUGAGGGUGGCCAUCUUGCCCUGUUCGUUUACCAGGAACUGAAGGCAGAGAAAUCACGCAAGGCGCAGGUCAAUCUAGACUGUUUUACGGACUCUAGCUCAAAUGGAGACAACGUCUUGACAAAGUGGUCAAGAGGUAGAGUACUGGCAGAAGCUCAAAACUUUGCUCGGCACCUUAUGGAGAUGCCAUCAAAUAAACUCACCCCAGGUCACUUUGUGGAUCUUGUCAGUGCCAGACUGACCAACACCAAGAGAUGUUCUGUCACUGUCAGAGACAGGAAGUGGAUCGAAUCUCAAAAGAUGGGAUCAUUUUUGUCUGUGGCUGAAGGAUCAGUAAAAGAGCCAUUUCUACUUGAAGUGGAUUACAAGGGAGACAACCCAUCCAACCAAAACCCACUAGCCCUGGUUGGGAAAGGAAUAACUUUUGACACUGGUGGGAUAUCACUCAAGCCGCCUGCUGAUAUGGACAAGAUGCGAGCAGACAUGGGUGGGGCGGCAUGUGUAGCGGGAACAUUACUUGCUCUCGGUAACCUUAACGUUCCUGUUCAUGUCAAAGCAUUUAUACCCCUCUGUGAGAACAUGGCAGAUGGCCGUUCAACUAAACCUGGAGACGUUGUCACAGCCAUGAAUGGAAAAACAAUACAAGUAGACAAUACCGAUGCUGAGGGGAGGCUGAUUCUGGCCGACGCUCUUUGUUACGCAGAAACCUUCAAUCCAGAGCUAAUACUGGACAUGGCAACACUCACAGGAGCAAUAGAUGUGGCGUUAGGAGCUGGUGCUACUGGAGUGUACACAAACUCUCUUAAAAUGUGGGAACAUCUACACAAGGCUGGGACUUUGACUGGUGACAGGGUGUGGCGAAUGCCCUUAUUUAACCACUACACCAAGCAAGUGACCAUGUCAGACCUGGCUGACAUUAACAACAUCGGGACUGGUGGUCGAUCUGGAGGUUCCUGUACAGCAGCUGCAUUUCUCCGGGAGUUUGUCACCAACAAACAGUGGAUGCACUUAGACAUUGCCGGGGUGAUGAUGAACAAGUCAGAAAUACCCUACCUCAACAAGGGCAUGGCAGGUCGUCCAACAAGGACUAUCGUGGAAUUUCUACAGUUGCUGAGUCAGAAAUAAGCAGUGAUCAGUCAUUACUGAAUUUUCAUUUUAUCUUAAUAUGACAUAUGUUCUGAGAAUUUUAGUGAAGAUAUAUAUGUCAUUUUCAGUUGCAAAGUACAUUGUACAUGAAUGCGAUCCAUCUGAAAACUGAUCUGCUGAAUUCAUGACAAGGAUGAUCAUGGAUCAAUAUUAAUAUUUAUAAAUGUAAAGUGCUAAAUGUUUGUCUGCCUUUUAUUGCUACAAAAAUGU